AUGCCAAAAAGCAAGAAGCUAGGGUCGGUAUUGCCAGCCGAAGCCGUCGGCCAAAGUAUAGGAGGUCCUAGUGGACGCUUAUCCACGUCUCUUGAGAUUGAGGACUCAUCAAAUGAGAACCUCAAGCAUCGCCUCCAUGAGUGGGCAGCCUCUGGAGCACGCAACGACGAUGAGGCAGGUUCGGAAUAUGAGAUGCUUAUGGACCCGAAUCUACCUCAGGAGUAUGAGACACGACGAAAGGGUUCAGGAGAGUCUGGUGAUGAAGCAGCGCUGCUCAGCGAUGAUGCAGAUGACGAAGAGGAAGAAAACUCCCCUUAUCCUGAAGUUCGAGCUGCGGUAAGAAACUUCGACGAAGAUCUUCCAUGCAACACAGUGAGAGCUUGGACUAUAGGAAUGCUUCUCGUCAUUGUAGGGGCUUCGAUGAACACCCUAUUCUCUCUCCGCCAACCAUCCAUCAGUAUUGGGCCUCUCAUCGCUCAAAUCGUUGCGUGGCCUAUGGGUCAUGGCUGGGCGAAGUUCGUGCCUGACAGGGAGUUCACCACUUUUGGUAUAACGUGGACUCUGAACCCUGGUCCCUUUAAUGUUAAGGAACACGCAAUUAUCGUUGUCAUGGCCAGUGUGUCAUUCUCUGUUGCGUAUGCUACCGAUAUCAUCCUUGCACAGGUCAUCUUCUACAAGCAGGACUUUGGUCUUGUGUUCCAGCUUCUCCUGACUAUCUCCACGCAAUCUGUGGGAUAUGGCAUUGCAGGGAUGCUACGCAAGUUCUUAGGCAAGUUGUCACUAUUCUAUCCCGCAUCCAUGAUCUGGCCGGAGAAUCUUGUUGGUGUAACUCUUAUGAAUGCCAUGUACGAGACAAACGAUACACCAGAUCCUACCAUUCUAGGAGGCAGAAUGCACAGAUACAAGUGGUUUGUCAUUGUAACUGCAUGUUCCUUCGUAUACUACUUCAUUCCAGGAUUUCUGGCGCAAUUUCUGAGCAUCUUUGCUGUGGCCACCUGGAUGGCGCCUCAGAAUCCUAUUGUGAAUCAGCUAUUCGGAGGGCAGACAGGUGUUUCGCUUCUUCCUAUCACCUUUGACUGGACUCAAAUAGCAGGAUACGUCGGCUCGCCGCUCAUUCCGCCAUGGCACGCCAUCGCCAAUACCGUCAUCGGAGUUGUUCUCUUCUUCGUUAUAGGAUCAUCUUUUCUUCAUUAUGGCGGAGCGUGGUACGCUGAGUAUUUGCCCAUGAGUGACUCCGGAACUUACGACAACACGGGGGCUCGCUACAACACCACUCGAAUUCUCACGAAGGACUUCACAUUGGAUGAAGAAGAGUACAAGAACUACUCACCCCUUUUUAUUAGCACCACUUUUGCCAUCUCUUACGGCUUGUCGUUCGCUGCUAUAUCGUCACUCGUUGUCUACACCUAUCUCCACAACGGAAAGCAGAUCUGGCAACAAUGGAGAAACAGCACUAACGAAAAGCCUGAUAUUCACAUGAAACUCAUGAGAAAGUAUAAAGAGGCUCCUACGUGGUGGUAUAUGUCCCUAUUUGCUGUUAUGCUCCUGAUUGGGUUCUAUACAGUACUGGGCUACCCAACUAAUCUCUCCUGGUGGGCUUUCUUACUUGCCAUAGCCAUCUCUUUUGGGUUUGCUCUGCCUAUAGGCAUUAUCCAAGCUGUUACAAACACUCAAAUUGGCUUGAAUGUCUUGACAGAGUUCAUCUAUGGAUAUCUUCAGCCAGGUCGACCUCUAGCCCUCAUGAUCUUCAAAACAUAUGGAUACAUCACAAUGGCGCAAUCACUUCGUUUUGUCUCGGACUUGAAGUUCGGACAUUACAUGAAAAUCCCCCCUCGAACUAUGUUCCUGUCUCAAGUCGUCGCCACUACAUUCUCGUGCUUCAUCCAGAUCGUCGUUCUAAACCUAUCCCUGAAAAAUAUCCCUGACGUCUGCGAGCACCACCAGGUCGAUCACUUUACCUGUCCUGGUGGUCGUGUCUUCUUUGCUGCGUCUAUCAUCUGGGGCCUUCUCGGCCCUGCACGCAUGUUCUCCCCUGGUCAGGUAUACUCUGGCCUCUUCGUCUUCUUUAUCUUGGGUGCCAUUACACCAAUAGUUAUCUAUGUCUUAGCCAAGCGAUGGCCGAGGUCUCCGGUGCGAUACCUCAUGGCACCCCUCAUAUUCGGAGGUGCAGGGGCGAUCCCGCCUGCAACACCGCUGAAUUAUCUGUCGUGGGGCAUCGUUGGCUUCGUCUUUCAGUUCUGGAUCAAGAAGCGCCACUUCAGGUGGUGGACCAGACUCAACUUCCUAACGUCGUCAGCUCUCGAUCUAGGUCUCGCCCUAGCGACGUUGUUCAUCUUCUUUGUCUUUACGCUGCAUGGUGUAGAUCCGCCAAGCUGGUGGGGAAACAAUAUUGUCACUUCGACGAUGGAUGUCCAGGGGACCGCGAUACAAGCUCAUGUACCGGAGGGAGGGCGAUUCGGGCCCGAGAACUGGUGAUGUAAGAGGUGC